GCAAUGUUUACAGGUAACAGCUGGACAAAUUACAAACGCAACGCCAACAAAUUAUAUUUCGUGAUGCGACGUAAAUGACAGUACUGAAAACCUAAAGCAUUACGUAAACAAUAGAUUUCAAUAUCCCCGGAAGAUUCGAGACGGACCAUUGGAAGGAAGGUCAAAAGCGCGGGAAGUCAAUAGUCGAUUUACGCGUGCGCCCACCAUGCUCCACGUGUUACCUGCGAAAUUGUGCGAAAUCACAACAUUCCAAACACUGUGGGUAUUUGCCUCUUACACCGAAGGAGACUUUUGAUAUAACGAGAUUCGACUGUGUGAGCAGAAGUCAUGGAAUCGGAAACGAGAAAUCAAAUUGAUAACGAUUAUACCAAGUUCUUCUACGCGACCAUGUGCCACGUUUGCAAACGGUUUGGCGACGGCGUCCAAUUGAAGAGUUGCGGUGGCUGCAACAUGAUCGCUUAUUGCGGUCAGGAACAUCAGAAGCAACACUGGAAGCAGCACAAACCCUUGUGCAAAGCCAUACAGGACGUGCUGCAAAACUGCAACAUGAAUAUUUGCGGUGAAACGUCGGAGGAAUGUACCAAUGUGAAACAGAUGUUCAUACUGCUGGUGUCGAGCACGCUGGAACGUCGUCUGACGAUGGACGAGAUGCAAAUGUUCCGUUUUCCAAGGGAGUGUCUGGUUUGCCACGAACGGGACGCUCGAUCGUUGAAGGUUUGUCAAAAGUGUGCUGCCAGCUUUUGUAAAAAUCACAAAGACGGCACUGAGCACGGGGACGUCUGCGCUCCUCUGGAAUUAUGUCUUCAUUCAGAUUUCUUAGCUACAAGAAAGGAAAGUUAUUAUCUGAUGCUGCUUUCUUACGCGACUCACGUUUUUGCCACGGGAAACGUUACGUUUCGGGACAUGAAAGACUUUAUAAACUCUUGUGGGAUUAUUCAGACUGACUCGGCGAUGUCGUACGAUAUCUUGGCGGCCGAUCACUCACAAUAUCUGACACGUCCCUUGACGUUGUUUCAUGCUAUGCGAUUAUUAAACUAUGCCGCAAAACGCAAGAAUCUAGUCGUUCACGUUGUAGGUGCGAGUGUCGCCGAGGAAUGCACCUUAAUCGGAUGGGAAGUUUUGCCGCGUUUAAUAGAGACCGUGAUGUCGGUAACGAUUGUAAUGAUAGGGCCGGAAUUAAAACGUAAAUUCGAUCCGUCAGGCACUUGUGACGACUGUCCAUCACCGGACAACAAAAGUUUGAUUUUUAAGUACCACGAUGUGUUAUACAAGAACUAUGUACGCAACCCGUUAUUCAUAAAACCGGACUUGAUCGUAGGAUUUAAUCUGGGUAUUCACGAGCGCGAACUUGGGUCCAAGAGGGAAACGUGGGCGCCGUCCAUACGGAUGCUAGCGAAGCAAAAUUGUCCGUUCGUCUUAACGUCUGUCACGCUUCAGGACUUCGAGAAGGAGACCGACAGAAUAAAUACAAUUCUGGGUAGACAAGUAGAUUAUAUCUACAAAGAAAAGAAUCCAUUCGCUAGUCUAAGACCGCAUAGAGUCCUCGGGCCGGAGCGCGUGUAUUAUGAGAAUCAAUAUGUGGCUAUCUACCGAAAUCUUUAUUCGUAACUGUUAUGCGUAAUUUAAGCGACCGAUGCAAACCAACGGCUGUGUUUGAUGACGAAGGAAACGUAGCGCGCGCGCGCGCGAAAUGACACACACGAAUUAACUGAACUUAACGUUUAAUAAAUGUAACGGAUAGAACGCGCGUAAAAAAUUGUAUGUACUAUUAUACAUCUGCGAAUCGCAACGUGUCUUCACGAACCAAACUCCAAAAGACUGAUAGCCGACACGCCGAAAUGUCCUGCUUAUAUUUAUAUAGUAAUUAAAAAAUCUUAAAUGACUAUUUUCUAAUUUUAGAGUAGAUAAAUUGUCUUACAUCAGUCGAGCAUAAUGGAUUUUAUACGAUUAUAGAUAUAAUGGGACACGUGGAUGCGGUAACGUAAAUUGUAAAAUAUUAAUAUGACUCGAAUGACUGCACUGCAAAUUCAAGUGUGUUAUUUUAACGGAAGCUCCGCCUCUUACACAUUUCUCGCCAUUUUAAAUUGCGUCAUUUAACACGGUCGAAAGUAUUAAAUUAACUUUUAAUUUCAUUUAAUUACAAUUAACUUUUAAUUCAACGUGUUCAAUUUAACACGUAACAAAACAAAACAAGCUCCGGUAAAACCUGUCAUUUUUAGACGUUUAUGCGUGUAGAAAUAACACAUUUGGAUUUACAAUGUGCUGCUUUCAAUUCUGUUUGUAUGAAGAUAGGACUUUAUUAAUUGUUUUGUAAUGAAAUUUAUAUCUUUGUAAUA